UCUUUCUUUCUUUUUGUAACGGUGCUUCUGUUGGAAUAGUCGAAGAAGUCCAUCCAGCAUGAGUUUUAUCAUGAAACUUCACAGACACUUUCAAAGAACACUGAUUCUGCUUGCCACUUUUUGUAUGGUGAGCAUUGUCAUUUCUGCUUACUACCUGUACAGUGGCUACAAACAGGAAAGUGAGCUCUCUGGGAGGGCUUCCGAAGUGGACUGUGGUGACCUCCAGCACGUGCCGUCCAGGCUGAUGGAAGUGAAGAAGGCGGUGCUUUCUGAUGCUGUGAGGACAGACCCCACAGUCCUGGUGUUCGUAGAGAGCCAGUACUCAUCCCUUGGCCAAGACAUCAUUAUGAUGCUGGAAUCCAUUCGGUUCCAUUAUCACACUGAAAUCGCUCCUGGAAAAGGAGACCUCCCAGCGCUCACAGACAACGUGAAAGGCAAAUACGUUCUCAUUAUAUAUGAGAAUAUUUUAAAGUAUAUGAACUUGGACUCCUGGAAUAGAAGCCUCUUAGACAAAUACUGUAUAGAGUAUGGUGUGGGUAUCAUUGGAUUCCACAAAACCAGUGAGAAAACCCUGCAGAGCUUUCAAUUCACAGGCUUCCCCUUUUCCGUAAGUGGAAACCUGGCGGUGAAGGAUUGCUGUAUUAAUCCUCACUCCCCACUACUCCGUGUGACCAAAUCGUCCAAGCUUGACAGGGGUUCUUUACCUGGAACUGACUGGACAGUUUUUCAGAUUAACCACUCCACCUACCAGCCAGUAAUAUUUGCCAAAGUCAAGACUCCAGAAAACCUUUCCCCUCCCAUCUCUAAAGGUGCUUUUUAUGCCACUAUCAUACAUGACCUGGGGCUUCACGACGGGAUCCAGCGAGUUCUUUUUGGCAACAACUUGAACUUUUGGCUGCACAAGCUCAUCUUCCUAGACGCCAUCUCCUUCUUGUCAGGGAAGAGGCUGGCGUUGUCCUUGGACAGGUACAUCCUUGUGGACAUUGAUGACAUAUUUGUUGGGAAAGAGGGGACAAGGAUGAACACGAAUGAUGUGAAGGCCCUGCUUGACACUCAGAAUCUUUUGCGCACACAAAUCACAAAUUUUACAUUCAACCUUGGAUAUUCAGGGAAAUUUUACCACACAGGAACUGAAGAGGAAGAUGAAGGGGAUGAUUGCCUGUUGGGGUCUGUGGAUGAGUUCUGGUGGUUUCCUCACAUGUGGAGCCACAUGCAGCCCCACCUCUUCCACAAUGAGUCAUCUUUAGUGGAGCAGAUGAUUCUCAACAAAAAGUUUGCCUUAGAGCACGGCAUCCCUACCGACAUGGGGUACGCAGUCUCCCCUCACCAUUCAGGGGUCUACCCUGUCCACGUUCAGCUUUACGAGGCCUGGAAGAAGGUUUGGAAUAUUAAAAUCACCAGCACUGAGGAAUAUCCACAUCUGAAACCAGCUAGAUAUCGGAGAGGCUUCAUCCACAAAAAUAUCAUGGUUCUUCCAAGACAGACCUGUGGGCUCUUCACUCACACAAUUUUCUACAAAGAAUAUCCAGGAGGUCCCAAGGAACUGGACAAGAGCAUUCAUGGAGGGGAGCUCUUUUUCACUGUGGUUCUCAACCCAAUCAGUAUUUUCAUGACCCAUUUGUCUAACUAUGGAAAUGACCGACUGGGGUUAUAUACAUUUGUGAAUCUAGCCAAUUUCGUGCAUACCUGGACCAACCUGCGUCUUCAAACCUUGCCUCCGGUUCAGCUGGCUCACAAAUAUUUUGAGCUCUUUCCUGAUCAGAAAGAUCCUCUCUGGCAGAACCCCUGUGAUGACAAACGCCACAGAGACAUUUGGUCUAAAGAAAAAACCUGCGACCGUUUACCAAAAUUCUUGGUAAUAGGACCCCAGAAAACUGGUACUACUGCCUUGUGUCUGUUCCUGAUUAUGCACCCUUCCAUCCUUAGUAACUCCCCCAGCCCAAAAUCCUUUGAGGAGGUACAGUUCUUUAAUAGAAAUAACUACCACAGGGGGAUUGAUUGGUACAUGGAUUUCUUCCCAGUCCCAUCUAAUGUUACCACUGACUUCCUGUUUGAGAAGAGCGCCAAUUACUUCCACUCAGAGGAAGCUCCUAAAAGGGCAGCUUCUCUGGUCCCAAAAGCCAAGAUCAUCACCAUACUCAUUGACCCGUCCGACCGAGCAUACUCCUGGUACCAGCAUCAGCGAUUCCAUGAAGACCCUGCGGCUCUCAAGUUUAGCUUCUAUGAAGUGAUCUCUGCUGGACCCCAUGCACCCUGGGAACUCAGAACCCUGCAGAAGAGAUGCCUGGUCCCUGGGUGGUACGCCAGCCACAUUGAGAGGUGGCUUGUCUAUUUCCCUCCCUUUCAGUUGCUAAUUAUCGACGGGCAGCAGCUAAGAACUGACCCUGCAACAGUGAUGGAUGAAGUCCAGAAGUUUCUAGGAGUUUCACCUCAUUAUAAUUACUCUGAAGGUUUAACAUUUGAUUCCCAUAAAGGCUUCUGGUGUCAGCUGUUGGAAGAAGGAAAAACAAAAUGCCUUGGGAAGAGCAAAGGGAGAAAAUACCCACCAAUGGAUUCAGAUAGCAGAGCGUUUCUGUCAGGCUACUACCGCGACCACAACGUGGAGCUCUCCAAGCUGCUGCACAGGCUGGGGCAGCCUCUGCCCUCCUGGCUGAGACAGGAGCUGCAGAAAGUGAGAUAGCACGGAGGAAACAGCACAAACCCACCCGUGUACAGGCACACACACGUCCUCCAGAGCUCAGAGGAGCAA